GCCGCCGGCGGAGUGGUGCUGGCCCUGAGCAUCUGGCUGGCGGUGGACAACACGUCGUUCCUGCUGCUGACGCGGGUGUCGGAGAACGAGAGCCUGGCCACGUUCAACCAGCCGUCGGUCAUGGAGCACGGGGCCUACAUCCUCAUCGCCGCCGGGGGGCUGGUCUUCCUCAUCGGCUUCCUCGGCUGCUGCGGCGCCGCCAUGGAGUCGAGGGCGCUGCUCACCAUGUACGGUCUGAUGGUCAUCGUGAUUUUCUGCUUGGAAGUGACAGCAGGAGCCCUGGCUGCGGUCUACAAGGCUGAGACGGAAGAAGAACUGCAGAACUUCCUGAAACACACACUCAAGAAGUAUUACUCCACCCAAGACACCGCCAACUCCGUGACUGUCGCCUGGAACGCCCUUAUGGCUGAGCUGAAGUGUUGCGGCGUGAACAACUACACGGACUUCGAACAGGCGAUAAUGUGGCAGGCGAACAAAUCCUCGAGCGUGUUGGUGCCCGAGGCGUGCUGCACCUUGAAGGGCGACCCGAUGAAGUUUAUUCCCGAGGACGACACCUGUCUCGGCAGCCCCAACAGGGAGAACUCGUAUUAUCUCACUGGAUGUCUGAGCAGGUUACAAGAAGAAACUUUCUACUAUCUGACACCCAUGUUGUCCGUUGCCAUCGGCCUCGGGACGCUGCAACUCCUCCUCAUCACUCUCUCCUUUUACCUGUGCAGAGCCAUAACAAGGGCUCUCAAGGUUGCUACGGUAGACUGAAGAAUUGGGUAGAAGAUCACGCCAACUUGCUCAUGGGGAUCGGCAUCGGUGUGGCCGCCGUGGAGCUGCUGGGGAUGCUGUUUGCCUUCUGCCUCUGCUGUUCCCUCGGCCAGAAGAUCAAGUGACGCCAGCGCCGCGUCCACACCGGCCACGAAGAACAAUAUACAGUCAAACAGCUUGACAUGGACUAAACAUAUAGUGAAAGAAAAGUCUCGAUAUAUAUAGUUAUAUAUAUAUGCGUAUGUGUGUGUGUAUGUAUAGUCUGUACGUGGGAAAGAGACAUUUUUUUCUUCUUUUUUUGGUAUGGGGGGAGGGGGGGGGUGAUGAACAAGUGAAGUGGCUGAUUGCUAUGGUCGUUUUCACACACUUUUUAAUUUUUUCUUUGACAAAAAGGUAAGCUCCCUUUGAAUCGGAUUAGCAUCAUAAUUUUGUUAUCCGUGUAGAAGACGACGUAUUGUCAUUUCUGAUUAGCUUAAGGAUUUAAAAAAGAGCCCUUUUUUUAGUGAUUCAAACACAAGACGGAAAAGAUUUACAUGGUAGACCUAUAGAAAAAAAUGUUACGUACUUUGACAGACAAUAAUAAGUACGAGAAAGACAAGCUCGUACGUUUUUUUAUCGAUAAUAUAUAAAAGAAACAAAGAAAAAAAAAUCUGACGAAGUGAUACAUUCAGCUUCUCAAAAAUGGCAUUGAGCCCUCGGUAAACUCCUUUUUGUAAGCCUGUUUCCCCUCAAUUCUUUCUCUUCCUCUGUAUGUCGAAGUGUCACUUGAAUUUUAGCGAAGGAUUCUUUCACCAUAGGCUUGCUGUGUUACGUGUGUUGGUCUUACUCCUGCAUUGCAUUAUCUCUGGGCUGUACAAAUACUUGCUUACGUUUUAUUCAAGCUUUAGAAAUAUUAUCGUCCUUCCAUUUGGUAUGUCUCUCUCUCACUCUCUCUUUUCAAGUUCUUUUGCCGGUCAGUCCUCUUGUGUUUAGAGAUGUGAAGGGGGCGAGUGUAAAGCACUUAUCACCCCUUUGCUUGUUCUUAUUCUUUCAAUCGUGUGUUCUUUCGUGUUUCGUUCGUCCAAGCUGUUUGUCUCUACAUUGAGUCCUCAUAUCCCCCGUCUCCCCCUCUUCAAACCUUGUUUCUCUACCUCCCACCAAUCUCCCCACAAGUCCCUCCGUCUUUUCCCUCAUUUUCUCCCUUUACCAAACCUUCCUCUGGCCUUGCUGUUGCGUCUCAUUACCUUCCCUUCUCCACAUUGCCUCCCCACUCUCCAUCACCUUCCCCACUUCCCACUGUCUUCCUCUCAACCACAGCCUUUCCCACUCCCCACUGCCUUCCCCUCUCCCCACAGCCUUUCCCUCUCCCCCAUAACUUCCCUACUCCCACUGCCUUCCCCCUUCCUUCCCCUACCCUUAUUAAAUUGAUGUAUAGUAUAUUGUUCCUUCCCCGUUCACGUGAGACGGGAGAGAACCGUGAUGAAUGAAUUUUCUAUGCUGUCUCCGGCAGGUACAACCCAGUCUGCUGUAGCUUAAUCUGUAGAUGUAUAAAGAGAUGAAAAAUCUUUUUAAAAAAGCUGUAGAAGACAUUAAGAAAAAAGAGAUGGAAAAUCUAUGAAAAAAAAAAACAUUUAUAUUUGAGUCCCUUGAACUAAUUUUUUUCUUUUUCUUUCUCCAGUCCUCUUAAAUAAUCCAUUGUGAAUAGAGUCCCCUGUUGUUUCCCCUAAUUAUGCGAGGAUAUUGUUUGUUAUGUUUCUUGACUGCAGCGAAAUUCACGUAAUUCCAGAGAUUUUUUCACAAAUUUAUGCCAAACCGAUUUUUAAAGAUACCUGUAUUCUGAAAUGUUCGGUGAAAAAUCCUGUGAUAAUUAGGGUAUUUAAUAUAGCAUGCAGUGUGUCUGUGCCUAAUGGUGAUAUAUAUAUAUAUAUAUAUAUAUAUAUAUAUAUAUAUAUAUAUAUAUAUAUCAAGCCACACUGACAUUCAUAUAGUCCUGAAACCCUACGAUGUUGGCUGCAUUUACGAUACUCUUGACUGAACUCUCAUAGCAAGCUACCUCUUGUAAUAUAUUUGUCAAGUUCUUUUUCAUCAUCUGUUCUGUAUGUUAUUAUCGAGUUUUAACAUAUCCUCUGUGUGUUGACGACUGUGACCAAUUAGGCAGUCAAGAGUCUAGUAUUUUAAAAGGUACAGAGAUUCAUAAUAACGUUGUUGUUUCGUUUUCUUUCCGGAAAAUGAUGUGUUUUUUUUUUGCCAUUCCUCUUGAGGUUGAUGGCAAUAAAAGGAAAACAAUUUUUCAAUAUGCAUGUUUCAGUAAAGGAGACUACUGUAAUUUAUAUUCUAAUCUGUUUACACUUUUUUUUGGUUCGAUUUUUUUUCUUGAUUAAAGAUAUUUGUAAUAUUGGAAUUUAUGAUGUAAAGGUAUAGUAGAAUAAGAUGAAUUUGUUUAUUUCAGUUGAUAUGAAUUAUAUAGAAAUGAUAGGUUUUCUAUAUGUGAUAAAAUCCUGUAGUAUAGCAUGGAAAGGUCUUUAGUAGAUUAACAGUAAUUUAUAUAUUAUUAAAUUUUAUUAAAAGCCAGUUUAACAAAUACGUGUGAUGUAAAACCUCACACAGUGAUUGAAAUAAAUCUUAAAUGGUAUUAUAUAUUAGAUGGAAUUUCUUUAUAUCAGAUUUGGUAAAUAAUGACAUUACCAAAUAAUGAUAAACUAUUUUUACUUUGUGUGGUUUAGGUUUACACCAUUUCCUAUAAAAUGUGUAGAAUGAAAUUGAUAACAAUAAGCAUACACAGUAUAUAAGCAUUUACUAUUUACAGUACAAAAGUGCUUUUGGCUAAACUUAAAAAAAGAAAGAAGUAAUUGGUCUUUUUUGUAUUUUUUGCCCCCUGCCUGAAAAUUAAUAAAUCUGUUAAUCUUUGUAAAUACUAUUACAUUGCAUUGCCUUACAGUCUAAGAAAGAAUUGUGAUGUAUUGCACUGUAAUGCUCAUUCUUCCAUUCCUUGUACAUGAGGUAAUGAAAACUACAUUUUUUGGAAUAGACAUAAAAAAUAUAUAUAAAUGAAGGCGUGAAACUACAUUUUUGGGGAAUCGACUAAAAGAUAGAUGACAGGCGUGUGAGGAUGAAACCCACAGACAACCACAAACACUCGGAAAAAGUAGUUUGAUGAGUGAUUUUGUUUGUAUCGAGUAGUGUUUCUACAUUCUGAAUACCCUGUGUAAACAACGCCACCGUGUAAUACGACAAGAUGCAUGUCUUUUUUUUUUUUUCUUGUAAUCACAGCAUCUACUCUUUCUUCAUGGGUAUUUUAACCCUGUGGAGAAAUCAUUCGAGUCCAGGUACAUGUUAAACCGUUCAACUCAAAUUGUUCAAUGAGAUUGUUCAACUCAAAUUGUUAAUUGAUGUUUUGGUUUAAAAAUGUGGUCUAUGGCGAUCGGUCAUCCGGUUCUGAACUGGAUUUCGAUCAUAUGUGUUCUGGUUAUUGUCAACGUGGCGUUAUUUUAGACCUUUAUCAUUGUAUGGGUUAUGAGAACAGGUGAAUGUGUUGGACAGUGAUCUAACUGUUGAAGCUAUUGUCAUAUUCUUUGAUAACACUUGCUUUAAAGUUGGUUAAAUGUACUAGUGUAUUCAGAUAUCUUUGAUAAUAAAAUACUGUUAAUAAA